AUCAGUUUACCACAAACAACAUCACGAGCAUUUGUCUAAUUAUGACGUUAAAAAUCCCGAAAAUGAUACUAGAAGGUAGACAUCCUAGCGGCAUGAACAGCACGUGUAGCUUAAAGGCGUGAUAAGCUGUUCACUAAAAAAGAACAUGAAAAUUAUACCGCUGUCUUUCCUUCCAUUCAUGAAUCACGCCACCGUUUCUCAACUCUUCGUUUCCAUUCUCAUCUCUUCUCUUUCCUUAAUUUCUUCGCUAAAUUUCCCAUAUAAUUCCGAUUCUCGCGGACGGGGAAGAUCCAUUCCCAGUGUGGAGACUGGAGUGGUAUAUAUAUAUUGAGCCCUUAACAAAAAGCUAAAUGGCGAAUUUGCCUAUGUCCUUGUCCAUGAACGCUGCCGCUUUUGAUGGUUCUGGCGGCGCUUCUUCGGCUGCCAGUCCUUCCGCCGCCGCAGCUCAGGCCGCCAACAAGGAGCGAAAGAUGAUUUCCCCUGAACAGCUCGUACUUGACCUUACCAAUCCUGCACUCCGGGAAAAUGCGCUCCUCGAACUUUCUAAGAAGAGGGAAAUCUUCCAAGAUUUGGCUCCAUUGCUUUGGAACUCUUUUGGCACUAUUGCAGCACUCUUGCAGGAAAUAGUUUCAAUUUACCCAGUGCUUUCUCCUCCAAACCUUACUCCUGCGCAAUCAAAUAGAGUUUGUAAUGCCCUUGCUCUUCUCCAGUGUGUGGCCUCUCAUCCAGACACCAGAAUGCUGUUCCUAAACGCUCAUAUGCCUCUGUAUCUCUACCCUUUUCUCAACACAACAAGCAAAUCUAGGCCUUUUGAAUAUUUGAGGCUUACUAGUCUUGGUGUCAUCGGGGCAUUGGUGAAGGUUGAUGACACCGAUGUUAUUAGUUUCCUACUCUCAACGGAGAUUAUUCCUCUGUGUCUUCGUACAAUGGAGAUGGGUAGUGAAUUAUCAAAAACGGUUGCUACCUUUAUUGUACAGAAGAUUCUACUGGAUGAUGUGGGCCUGGAUUACAUAUGUACAACUGCAGAGCGGUUCUACGCUGUUGGUCGUGUGCUGGGAAAUAUGGUUGGUGCACUUGCUGAACAGCCCUCUUCAAGGCUGCUAAAGCAUAUUAUCCGGUGCUACCUUCGGUUGUCAGAUAACCCAAGGGCAUGUGACGCUCUCCGUGGCUGUCUUCCCGACAUUCUCAGAGAUGCAACCUUCAGUGGCUGCCUUCGCGAAGAUCCAACAACAAGAAGAUGGCUACAACAGUUGCUUCACAAUGUCCAAGGGCCUCGAGUCGCAUUGCAAGCUGGGACAGGAUUUGAUCAUAUGCUAGUUAACUGAAUUAAAAAUGAUACAAAUGAAUAUGCAAUCUUAGACUUCAUUUUUAUUUAGCAAAUAGUGCUUUGUUGCAAGCUUUUGAUACCAAAAAGAAAUGCUUGCUUUUACUUCCAUUGUUUAAGGUAUUAAAGUAGGGGUGCUAAAGAUUUCUGUGAUUGGAAUUCUUUAGCGUAUUCCUGUACAGGUGCUUUAUGUCAUAAAACAACUCUUAGGAUAAAACCCACCAUUUUCCUUUUCAAUUUUCUUCGUCUUUACAAACGAGGAGUUUAUCAUUCUUUCUUUCUCAGGUUUUAAAACUUUUAACAUAAUAAUUUCCAAUGGGUAAUUCCCAUUUUAAUUGUUGAUGUAUGUUACAAGAG